UGUAUAUAAGUACGACGCUUUAUGUCCAGAGGAAAGACAUCAGACUACCGAAGCACCAACAGACAAGACACGCCAUUCCCACCAACGUUUUGCAACUAUCAAACGCGCAGCGACUAGAUUCAUUUGAAUACUAUUCUUAUUCUCGAAAACACGCUCUGGAGAAUGUCAACCUCCCCGAGACGCUUGCAAAAUGCCAAUUACCGCUUCCUUGUGUAUUUCCUGGCCCUACCAAUCAUCACCUUAUAUUCGUUGUGUCUUAGUGGCUGCGUAUCUAAUUCAGCCGGAAUCCCGAAUAUCUUUGCAGUGAAGCUACAAGAGCGAAACGAGACCUCUUUAAUUUCAGAGAUACGUGUGAAUUACUUUGGUCUCUGCGCCUCCGUCCCGAGUAAAGCACUCUACUGCCUUUCUAGCUCCGGCAAAACAGCCGACUCUAUAGGCCGAGAGAGAUUAAAUCUGCCGUGGCUGCCGAAUUAGUCACGUUGGUGUUGCUGUUACAAUCCAAUCUAAGAUCAUUCUUUACCUCCUGGCGGCGGCCGGCGUCAUGUUCCUCCUUGGUGUAGUCGCUCUCGUGGUCCUUAAACUAAGUCUAAAAUCAUCACCCAAAGACCA